AUGGCGUUGAAUCUUUGUAAGGUCUUCUUUCGAAGUCAGUGUUCGUCAUUUAGUAAAUUUCCGUGCGUUUUUAAAGCUUCUCCUUUGUCUCCUUCAGUAUGGCAACGUGCUUCUUGUACACACUUCAGUACCAGUCACCGGUGUGAUGCAGUGUUCUUUGAGUCUGUUGAUGAUGCUGUAAAAGAUAUCCCAGAUGCUGCUAAGCUCCUUGUGGGAGGGUUUGGGCUGUGUGGAAUACCAGAAAAUUUAAUUGGUGGACUGUUAAGGAGUAAUGUAAAAGAUCUCACUGUGGUCAGUAACAAUGCAGGAGUGGAUGACUUUGGUCUUGGCCUGCUUCUAAAACAGAAACAAAUCAAACGGAUGAUAUCAUCCUAUGUCGGUGAAAAUGCUGAAUUUGAACGACAGUAUCUUUCUGGUGAGCUUGAAGUUGAAUUAACUCCACAGGGUACACUUGCUGAACGAAUCCGUGCUGGUGGAGCUGGUAUACCUGCUUUUUAUACUCCCACAGCCUAUGGUACCUUAAUUCAUGAAGGGGGUGCUCCCAUUAAAUACAACAGCGAUGGCAGCGUCUCUAUAGCUAGUAAAGCAAGGGAGAAUCGUCUCUUCAAUGGCGUUAACUACAUUAUGGAAGAAGCAAUUACAGGUGACUAUGCUCUCAUUAAAGCCUGGAAAGCUGAUAAGGCAGGCAAUCUUAUUUUCAGGAAAACUGCUCGAAACUUCAACCCACCCAUGGGCAAGGCAGCUAAGGUCACAAUCGCAGAGGUUGAAGAAAUUGUUGAUGUUGGCACCUUUGCGCCUGAAGACAUUCAUCUUCCACACAUUUUCGUCCAGAGGGUCAUCCAGGGCGAGCAAUAUGAGAAGCGAAUUGAGCGGCUUAGAUUGCGGAAACCAGAAGACUCAGAGGCUAAACCCCUAAGUGCUAGUGCUAAGCUUCGGGAACGAAUUAUCAAACGAGUGGCGGUGGAAUUCACAGAUGGCAUGUAUGUCAACCUCGGCAUUGGAAUGCCAAUGUUAGCAAGCAACUUUAUCAAACCUGGCUUGACAGUUCAUAUGCAGAGUGAAAAUGGAAUUCUGGGUUUGGGUCCAUUCCCACUUCCUGGAGAAGAAGAUGCAGAUCUAAUUAAUGCAGGCAAGGAAACCGUCACCAACAUUCCUGGAAGUUCGUUCUUUUCAAGUGAUGAGUCUUUCGCCAUGAUCAGAGGAGGUCACAUUGGUCUCACAGUGCUAGGAGCUAUGCAAGUGUCACAAUUUGGAGAUCUGGCAAAUUGGAUGAUUCCAGGCAAAAUGGUGAAAGGCAUGGGUGGCGCCAUGGACUUGGUCUCCAGCAAAAACACGAAAGUUAUUGUCACAAUGGAACAUAAUGCAAAGGAUGGAACACACAAGAUUCUUACCGAAUGUUCCCUGCCACUUACAGGGAAACGGUGUGUUGAUAUGAUAAUAACAGAGAAAGGAGUAUUUGAGAUUGACCCUGAUGAAGGCAUGGUACUCACUGAACUUGGUGAGGGAUUUAAUGUCGAGGAUAUUGUUGAAACAACUGGUGCUAUGUUUAAGGUGUCCCCUGAACUGAAAGCAAUGCAACAAGUGGAAUUAUGA